UUGGAGGAUGCAAAUCAUUGGGGUCUCCUGCGCUCGGCCUGCGACUCCAGACACCUGCCGCAGGGCGGGGCUGUGGCGUUUCACAGCAGCAUCUCCAAGAUGUGUCUGCUGACUUCAGGGCCUGUCGGAAAUAUUCAGUUUGCACGCGAAAGCCCAUGAACCAACAGGAAACAUUUAGUAGCCACCUAGAGCAUCAGCCACCACCGAGGUUGGAUUUUCCUUGGUCAUGUUUGAUUUCCGCGGAGCACUUGAAGGCAUCAUGAGCCGCACAGCGGGACUGUGGUGAAGGAGUGGCCCCGCCGCCUGCCCACAUGUGCUCAGUUUGUUUAUAACGUGUGGAGCUCAGCGAUGGGCAGCCUUCAGGUGUCCCGGCUCUGAAGCCCCCUGCACACAGACCACAGACGGACAGCGUCCCGCUUCACAUCCACCAUCACCAUCAGCCCCGAGCCCAGGUGGAAUAUCUGACACCGCCAGCUGGGGAGAAAGUUUGACUUGCCUGCUUCAGCCCAGAGUGUGAUGUGACCAGCCAGACCGUCCUUCCAUCUAUCGCUCCAGAACAGUUAGGAUCAAGCUGAGAUGACAGCAAUUUUUGCUGCAGCCCUGCAGGCAGGAGGCGGAGUCAGGUCCAGACGAGUGGAGUCUGUUCAGAUGCUGAUGGUCUGUCUCCUCCCCCUGCUGUGGCUGCAGCCUGCAGACUCUUUCUCCAGUGCUGCUUCUGAUGUUAAAGCCUGGAGCCAAACAGGACCACGGCUUCAGCUCUCACACUCGGACGUGAGGAAUAGUUCGGCUGUUUUCUGGGAGGGCGGGAUCAGCGGGGGCUAUCAGGUCCUGCUGUUGGAUGAGGAUCAAGGCUGGCUCUUAGUCGGAGGGAAAGACUACAUCUACCUGCUGAGGCCGGACAACUUGGACCAGCUCACACGAGUGAUCUACUGGCCUGCCACUAAAGAACAUGUGGAACUCUGUAGACUGGCAGGGAAAAGUGUAGAGACGGACUGUGCCAACUUUGUGCGCCUGCUGCAGCCCUUCAAUAAGACUCAUGUUUACGCUUGUGGCACCGGUGCUUUCCAUCCUCAGUGUGCCUACAUCCAGUUAGGCCACAAUCCAGAGGAGCUGGAGUUCAUGUUCCACACGGUGGAGUCAGGCAGAGGGAAGUGCCCCUUCAGCCCCAGAGAGCCCUUUACUGCCAGACUCACUGAUGGAGAGCUGUAUGCCGGUACCUCAGUGGACUUCAUGGGGGCCAACGCUGCGAUCUUCCGUACGUCCAUCCAGGGCAGCGGUCAGCACUACAUCCGCACUGAGGCUUAUGACCACAACUGGCUCAAUGAGCCGGAGUUUGUGGGCUCCUUCUCCAUCCCGGACACUCACAGUCCAGACGAUGACAAGGUCUACUUCUUCUUCAAGGAGAGGGCAGUGGAAGCUGGACAGUGGGACAAGAGGGUCUACAGCCGUGUAGCUAGAGUCUGCAAGAAUGACGUUGGAGGAAAGAGGAGUCUGAUCAACCGCUGGACGACCUUCCUCAAGGCCAGACUGGUCUGUUCUGUUCCUGGACCAUCUGGAGUUGACACCCAGUUUGAUGAGCUAGAGGAUAUCUUUGUCCUGGAAACCAAAGACCCGCAGAACCCCACCAUCUAUGGCGUCUUCACCACUUCCAGUUCCAUAUUUCGCGGCUCAGCAGUCUGUAUGUACUCCAUGGCAUCUAUCCGUGCUGCGUUCAACGGGCCCUUUGCCCAUAAAGAGGGUCCUGACUAUCGUUGGGUAGAGUACAAAGGCCGCAUCCCCUACCCAAGGCCUGGCACUUGUCCCAGCGAGACCUAUGACCCUCUCCAUAAGUCCACCAAGGACUUCCCCGAUGAGGUGGUGAGCUUCAUGCGGCAGCACCAGCUGAUGUGGGAGCCUGUCCUGCCUCUGGGCCACAGACCCAUCCUAACCCGGGUCAACGUGCCCUACAUGCUGCAAAAGGUGGUUGUGGACAGGGUGGACGCUGAGGACGGUCCCUACGAUGUCUUACACCUCGGCACAGAUGAUGGGAAGGUGGUGAAGGCAGUGUCGGUCAUCAAAGACAACUGGGACACAGAGGAGAUCAUCCUAGAGGAGCUGACUGUCUUCCAGAGUCCCACCCCGAUCCUGAGUAUGGAGCUGUCAACCAAGAGGCAACAGCUUUAUGUGUCCAGCGAUCUUGGCUUAGUCCAGCUUGGGCUCCAGCGAUGUGAGUUAUACGGGGCCGACUGUGCCGAGUGCUGCUUGGCUAGGGACCCCUACUGCUCCUGGGAUGGACAGACCUGCUCCAGAUACUUCCCCAGCAGCAAGAGGAGGGCACGCAGACAGGAUAUCAAGUAUGGAGACCCCUGGAGUCAGUGUCCAAUCACCGAGGACGAUUCAGACUCUGUGGAGGCCAAGUUGGUGUACGGUGUGGAGGGAAAUUCCACUUUCCUGGAGUGUGCUCCUCGGUCACUGCAGGCCCAGAUCAGAUGGACAGUGCAGCACACAGAGACCCACCAACAAACUCUCAGUCAGAUUCAUGAAAGCAGAGAGCUUCCUCAGGGUGACGAUGAUCGCUCCCUCCUCAUGAAGCGAGGGCUGCUGGUCCAGCGCCUGGAUCAGGGCGAUGCGGGCUUGUACACCUGCACCAGCCAGGAGCACUCCUACACCCAAGUCCUGGCCCGAUACCACCUGCACGUCAUCCCCAACCACAACCUGCAGCUAGCUCACCAGCAGCAGCACAGCCACAGUCCAAACCGCCCAGACCCAGGCCCCAUGCUGAGCCCCAUGAUCCCCGGGAAGGUUGCACCAGGUAGGGUAGGGCUUGCUGGUCUGCUUGGCCAGGCAAGUCCCCCUCAUCCACCAACGGGACACAGGAACUCCUGGCUGCCCCAACACUCUCAGCUCCCUGUGAAGAGCUACAAGGACCUGCAAAUGGUUGGGACCAAUAGCCUGAGCGUGGACGAGUACUGCGAGCACCUGUGGUAUCGAGAGAAACGCCGACAGCAGAAACUGCGCACUCUGAAGCUCAAACAGGAGAGCAGGAAAGCGCGUGUGAGGAGGAACUACCCUGCGGAGAGUCCUCUCUAAUCACCAGGGGGAGGGAGAGACUGUGUAUGGGGCCCAGUGGAUGGGGAGAUGCCAGAUCCUACAUAUGCAGAGAACAGGGAGACCUUAUUUCAAGCCUUUUUUUUUUUUUUGAGCAAAUAGAAACUGACAACAAAUAUUUGCUGAAAAGACACAUCAUAAUCUCCAGCCCAAAAAACUGCAUAGCAUAUCCUCAUCUUGAUCAUUAUGACAUGUAGUUAAGACACUAUGAAACAGAAAGAGAGUUUCAGGUGAGGUGUAAGUGGUUAAAGUAGCAUGUAACUUUGGUUGAUUUGCUAAAUUAUCCUGCAGGCUUGUUAGCUAGCUAGCGUCGGCAAAAACCACCUGUUGGGUAAAAAAAUGUACCAGCUGCAAGAAAAGACAUUGCAUGAUAGAAGGUUAAGAUUAGGCACAAAGAGGUGGAGACUGCCUUUUGUUUGUUUGUGGUAUUCACAGUUGUACUGACAAAUAAGAUGUUUAAUGCAUGUAUUUACGUCUUUUUUGUGAGAUGUCACACUCAUCUGCAUGGAUAAGAUCUAGGCUCCACCAUACCAAAUGGAUUUAAUCUAGGCCUCAGUGCAAACGCACACACAAGACGGACUUUUGCUUGAAUAUACAGUAUGUAUAGCUUAUUAAUUCUGCCAUGUAACUAAUAAUUAUUAUUCACAUCAGUGUAUAUUAUAGAACUCUAUUUUUGAUAGUUAUUCCUCUAUGUACUAGAUACUAGUAAUUUUGUCUUGUGUAAAACAAACACAAUUCUGACUUGCUUAUGUGAACUUGUGUGUUUCCCAUUAAAUGUAGGUUUUUAUUUAACUCCACAACUCUCUCAUAAGCUAUGAGAUCAACUGUGUAAUUAAAUUGUUAUUUGUGAGUAUGCCACAUUAUACGUACAAUUAUAUUAAUAAAACCUUUUUUAGUUUUUAACUUAU